AUGGAGCUGGCGAAGAGCAGCGAGAAGCUGGAGCUGGGUGGUGCCGGUGACUCGGUGCGAGGCCGAAGGGUAAGUGAUGGUGGGGCACUGGUAGCUGGGAAGCCGAUUGGGAAAAGAGGAGCUGGAGCGCUCGCGGGGACGCCUUCGGCCACGCUUCUCCAGCAGAAACCACGUCUUUGCUGGAACGUGUCGAACCGCCCAGUCGACACGAUGUCAGCUAUGGAAUCGCGCCUUCGACGCGGCGCGCCAAUGAACUACAUCGCGCGCGGUGUGCCUGAGUUGCACGAGAAGCGUAAGAUCAUGGCCGAGGCAAGUAUGUACACCGACGACAAGGCGGCUGACAGCAGCAGCACUGUGGGCGGCAGCAGCAGCGAUGACGACGAGCGCACGAACCAACAGGAGCUUACAGCGCGAGGGCGCUCCGAGAACCAAGGCAGCUCAGCGAUCAAGAUACCGACUUAG